ACACUAAACCCUAUGAUUCGAAUUAAAUUCCACGCACCAAUAAUUAUAGUUCUACUUGAUUGGAGCGCCGGCUCGAAUGUGCCCUGCGGGAUCAUUAUGAAUAAUCGAGGAUCAAAUUAUCACCAAUUGGCCAAUUGGAGGUAGACUAUAAAUUGAAAGCUCAACAACCCGGUGCAAGUUAUUCAGUUUUCCAAACUUGAACUUUCGUAUCCAGGAUGCUCCAGGGGGUCGUUUUGUUGUGUGCUUUUGCGGCGGUCUUUGUCCAGGCGCAGGAUUAUUGCGAUUCGGAAUUGUGUGACCAAGGAGUUGCCCACAUCGGUUGUAAUGCCAACACUGAGCUGUCCAGCAACUGCAAGGAGGGAUCCAAGUAUACCUUUGACGACAAACUGAAGAAGAUUCUGCUGGAUGAACACAACAAGUAUAGAAAUCAGGUGGCCAAGGGGGAACUCGACUGGUUACCGUCGGCUUCUACUAUGGUUCGAAUGGAUUGGGAUGACGAUUUGGCCUAUCUGGCGGAACUGAAUGCCAUCCAGUGUGAGUUCGCCCACGACAAGUGCCAUAACACGAAGAGCUAUCCAAAUUCCGGCCAAAAUAUCGCUAGCUGGGGUACAUCCGAAAAGGACAUCGAUAUUGAAGCGACGCUGAAAACGCUGGUACAAGAGUGGUGGGACGAGCGUCACUUUGCCACCCCGAAGUUGAUCAAAAAGCUGUAUGACAAGGAGAAGGCACUGCACUUUACCAUGCUGACCCGGGAUAUCGCCAGUCGCGUUGGUUGUGGAAUGGUAAAGUACCGCCAGGGCGAGUUCUUCUGGGUUCAGCUGGUGUGCAACUAUUCGUACACUAACAUGAUCGGAACACCGGUCUACAAGCAGGGUAAGGCAUGCUCGGGGUGCAAAUCCGGCUGCGACAGCGAAUACGAUGGGCUGUGCGGAAAGGACGAAUCGGUGGAUGUGUCGUAAGAACUAACCGACCGAUUGGGGAGCGCCUAUGUUGAGAUGUGAGCUUACAGAAGGUGCUUUGAAGUGUAAAACAAAUGGUGGUGGGUUGAAAUGAAAAAAUCACAAGAAGGUUGUAUGCAAAGCCACGACCGCAAGGUUGAAGUAGAAUACUUUUACAAGAAAGAUAACCUGGCUGCUUGCGUGUCAGUCAUUUUUUCUAGUAAAUAAACGUUGACCGUUCAUUGGCAGAA